AUGGUGGUUGAGACAUUGGCCUCAAAGUUACCAGGGGCUAAAGCUCAACGAUUAGAGGAGGGGUCUCCUUUUAUUGUUAGCCAGGUGACGGAGCCUGCCAGAGUUCUCCUCGAUUAUCAUGAACAUGAACGAUACUUUUUUAUUAAAGGUGUCGAUACUUCAGGAUGUAGAGCAUGGAAGCUAUUGGUUUAUCAGGUUCUUGUUUCCUGCACAACCGCUAUGGUCACAAGACUUGUUGCUGAUCUCCUUGGGGAGUUGAACUUGAAUGUGAGAGAAAUCCAUUCAAGAAAGCCUAAGAGUUAUAGAACCAGAGUUUAUGAUGAAUUCCGGAAGUCAAAGGGUCUCAUCUUGGUUACUUCGGAUGUAUCUGCACGUGGAGUUGAUUAUCCAGAUGUUACUCUUGUUGUACAGGUUGGUCUACCGGCUGAUAGAGAACAAUAUAUACAUCGACUAGGUAGAACGGGGCGAAGAGGAAAAGAAGGGCAGGGCAUACGGCUACUAGCUCCUUGGGAAGAGUUCUUUUUAGCUACUGCAAAAGAUUUACCUAUUGGGAAAGCUCCGGUCCCUUCAGUUGAUCCUGACACUAAGAAAAAGGUGGAAAGGGCUCUAUCCAAUGUGGAGAUGAAAAAUAAAGAAGCAGCAUAUCAGGCAUGGCUUGGUUACUACAACUCUAACAAGAAAGUGGCGAAAGAUAAGUAUAGGUUAGUGGAGCUUGCAAAUGAGUUCAGUCGAUGCAUGGGGCUUGAUAGCCCUCCAGCUAUUCCUAAGCUUGUCCUUGGCAAGAUGGGUCUUAAAAAUAUCCCUGGUUUACGUUCCAAAUAGGUUUCCAUUCAAUUUCUGAUAACAGUCUUGUGAAAGAGAGAAAUGUUCUUGAAUUGAAAUGCCCCCACUUAUAGUUUGAUUUUAAGACUUGAAACUUCUAAAUUUCAACUAUCAUAGUAAUUUUUUCUGUAUAUUUUGUACUUCUAGAUGAAUUAUCAUUUAACAAGUACUGCAGAAACUUCAGUGCCA